CUCAAUGAUGACGGCAUUACCCCAGUCCCCUCUUUUGUCUGUAUCGCAGAUCUCACAGAAAUUGUUAGGUAUAAGCAAUAAGACCUAAACCCAGAUAGCGGUUUCAUGGAGCUGCUGAGACCAACACAAUUAUUUUAGAUCUACUAGACUUCAGGGGAUUGAUUUAGUCGCUGUUAGCUACUGUAAUUUGCAACUAGCAGAGGUAGCUAGCUAAACAGUGAAGAAGAUGGCGACGCUAAACAGUAUUAAGAACAUGUAUGGGAUCUGUUCUCAUGUAAUCCGCCAAACGACUGGAUUGAGAGCAGCAAAACUCAUUCAGCAGAGGGCGUUCAGAGUCAAUGGAGCCCUCAGGCAGCAGCCGUUUGACUCCUCGGAAGAGAAGCCCCAGUUCCCAGGAGCAUCGGCAGAGUUUAUUGAUCACCUGGAGUUCAUCCAACCUAACGUGAUCUCUGGGAUCCCCGUCUACAGGGUCAUGGACCGGGCCGGGAAAAUCAUUAACCCUUCAGAGGACCCACAGCUCUCCAAGGAACAAGUGUUGAACUUCUACCAGAAGAUGACCCUUCUGAACACCAUGGACCGUAUCCUGUAUGAGUCUCAGAGACAGGGUCGUAUAUCCUUCUACAUGACUAACUAUGGAGAGGAGGGAACACACAUCGGCAGCGCUGCAGCUCUCGACCCAAGGGACUUGGUCUUCGGCCAGUACAGGGAAGCAGGCGUGCUGAUGUACCGUGGUUUCCCUCUGGAUCUGUUCAUGGCUCAGUGCUAUGCCAACGUUGACGACCUGGGCAAGGGACGCCAGAUGCCCGUUCACUACGGAAGCAAAGACCUCAAUUUCGUCACCAUCUCCUCUCCUCUGGCCACUCAGAUCCCACAAGCGGCAGGGGCAGCGUACGCAGCGAAGAGAGAGAACACCAACCGUGCUGUGAUCUGUUACUUCGGAGAGGGCGCGGCCAGCGAGGGCGACGCCCACGCCGGGUUCAACUUCUCUGCGACCCUGGAGUGCCCGCUCAUCUUCUUCUGCCGUAACAACGGCUACGCCAUCUCCACGCCGACCAACGAGCAGUACCGAGGGGACGGCAUCGCUGCACGCGGUCCAGGCUACGGUAUGAUGUCUAUCAGAGUGGACGGUAACGAUGUGUUCGCUGUGUACAACGCUACCAAGGAGGCUCGCCGUAGGGCUGUGGCCGAGAACCAGCCCUUCCUCAUCGAGGCCAUGACCUACAGGAUUGGUCACCACAGCACCAGCGACGACAGCUCGGCCUACCGCUCCGUAGAUGAGGUGAACUACUGGGACAAACAGGACCACCCCAUCUCUCGGCUGCGCCACUACAUGACGGCCCGCUCCUGGUGGUCCGAGGAGGACGAGAGGAGCUGGAGGAAACAGAGCCGUAAGAUGGUGAUGGAGGCGUUUGAGAAGGCCGAGAAGAGACACAAGCCCCACCCUGACUUGAUGUUCUCUGACGUGUAUGAAGAGAUGACCCCUAACCUGGUCAAGCAGAAGGAGGCCAUGUGGAGGCACGUCCAGCAGUAUAAAGAGCAUUAUCCCCUGGAUGCCUACGCCAAGUAAACACAGGAGUACGCUACAAAAAGCAGGUUCAAUGAGUUAGCCGGCUAACUUUUGAUAAGCAACCAGUAAAAAAAAUAAACUUUUUGUUUGUUGAAUCAAUUAGACCAAGUUUAUUUGUCUAAACAAAAUAUAAUAUUUAGGCUAGUUAGCUGGCUAACUCGUUGGUCCUGCUGAUAGUAUAUCCUUCAGGUUCUGACAGAGUACCACAUGGCAUCCUACUCUAGAUGGCACCCUAUUCCCUACUCUAGAUGGCACCCUAUUCCCUACUCUAGAUGGCAUCCUACUCUAGAUGGCACCCUAUCCCUACUCUAGAUGGCAUCCUACUCUAGAUGGCAUUCUACUCUAGAUGGCACCCUAUUCCCUACUCUAGAUGGCAUCCUACUCUAGAUGGCACCCUAUUCCCUACUCUAGAUGGCAUCCUACUCUAGAUGGCACCCUAUUCCCUACUCUAGUUGGCACCCUACUCUAGAUGGCACCCUAUUCCCUACUCUAGAUGGCAUCCUACUCUAGAUGGCUCCCUAUUCCCUACUCUAGAUGGAACCCUAUUCCCUACUCUAGAUGCACCCUAUUCCCUACUCUAGAUGCACCCUAUUCCCUAUUCUAGAUGGCACCCUAUUCCCUACUCUAGACAGAAGUAGUGCACUAUAUAUGGAAUAGGGUGCCAUUUGGUAAACACUGUACAGCGUUGCAGGUAGAAAUGUCACAAAUAGAACUGACAUGAUUCCUUUUGCUUCCUUGUCAGAGAGGCAUGUUUGUUCUAUAUAAAAUAUUUCUAUCUGAACGUUCCACAACAUUGUGCCAUGUUGAAUGUGGCCUAGGCUGGAGCAGGGUGUGGAGGCGAGGAGAGGCUGCUGGGUUAGAUGGGACUGUUGUUGCACACUUUGUAUUCUACUGUUCUGCAUAGAGUUAUAGUUCUGGUAUUCUGACCAGGCUAGAAUUCUUUUCUGGUAUUCUGACCAGGCUAGAAUUCUUAGCAUUCUGCCCAGUAGUGGGAGGGAGUGGCUAAUGUUAAGGAUGGUUUUGUUCUAAUUGACCACUUUGGGCCUCUAGUUUUUUUGUGUGAAUGAGAGUCUGACCCAGUCAGUCCUGUGGUUUUUGUUGUUAACCCCUCCUCGGCGACACCCAGCUUUUAUCAGUGUAUUUAAACAACUUCAGAGCUAACACACGAUUAUCAGACGCCGUGAUUUCAGGGUUAAAACAUCUGUGAGUUCCAGGGGAGAGGUUUGAGUUAGUCGGUUGAUUCUAGUAGGCAGACCGUAUUUAAAAAAAAAAAAACACCUGUGUUAAAACAGGAUUUUCCUGCUGGCUCAACAAAUGAGUAGUUGAAUGGUCUUCAUUAGUCAUUUAUCAGUGCAUGAGUCUACCCAAUGAGCAAAAGGCAUAUAAAUCCAUUUUUUCCUCACUGGUUAUUCAUACCUGAGUGAUGCAGGCUGGGGGAAAUAGGACUGAACAUGACUUAAUCUACCCACACCAGUGGUGUUGUCAUGCAUACCUAGAACUCUUAGCCAAUUUCCUCUUUUACAGAGAACGUUUAUUCGGCAAUACUGUAGCCUCCCACUCGUUUCGUAUGCAUAGUUUUCUAGCUGUUUGGUAUCGGGGUCUAUGGCUGAGGUGUUUGAGUUUAAUAAAAGUUUGACUAUACUCCCAAAAA